UGUGUGUGUUUUAUGCAGGUCAGAUCAGACAUCUCUCUGGCUUAAAUAAGUUUUGACUUUAUGCUUUCUUUGCAGGUUGCCAUAAAAGUUGUGAAUAAGGACUUAAGGAGUUUCGGAUACUGGUACACUAUGAAUGGACGUACUAUCCCGGAAGCAUAUCAUAUGAUGGUCCUCAAGGAACCUCCGCUCUGCCCGCACAUCAUUGAGCUGUACGAGUACGCCAUGGAGGGAAGGAAUAACUACCUGGUCAUGGAGUACGCGUCCUCGUACAUAACCUUGGAUAAAUUCAUCAGGAAGAACAAUGGCCUCCUGAGUGAGAGUGUUGCGCGGCAGCUGAUCAUGCAGCUCAUUAUCGCAACACAGCGCUGCCUUGAGCAUGGCAUAGAACAUGAGUCCAUACAUAAAGAAAACAUCCUGGUCAAUCCAAAGACCCUGCAGCUCAAGCUGAUUGAUUUUGGCAACAGUUAUUAUACUCAAAAAGGCUACUGGAGAUCCCCCUAUCUUGGAGUAACGAGAUACCGUCUACAGGAGGGGGAACCCUACAGAUCCAUUCGUUUUGCUGUUGAUUCACAUGUCAUGGCUGUUUUACUAAUGCUGUCCUAUAUGGUCAAUGGAUAUUUCCCUUACUCCAGAUAUAAACGUCCACGAUUUCACCCCAGAUUGUCAGCAGAAUGCAAGGAUCUUCUUCGGUGGAUAAUCAGUUACCACCCUCGAACAGGACCUGUUUUAGAGGAGAUUAUAGAGCACAAGUGGUUCAGCAUGACGUAGAGCCCAUCAGCAGCAGGAAACAGGUUUUAUACUUCCAUUUACGUCAGAUUGUUUUGCUGUUUUCCGCUUCUGCUUCCCAAAUUCUGCACUUCCUCCUGCGAGUGUUGCAGUCAGAGCUGCAUGUAAAUGAGGGCCGGUUGAAGCGUCCCUAUUGGUCCACCAGCUCUAGACCGACAGCUCCUCCUUUAGCCAAUCAGGUGAGGAAGGAAGCUGAUGUCAGUCUAAUGGCGGCCGAUGCGCACAGGCGACGCCGGAGAUUGAGUGUUAGCGCUAAUCCUCAGCUGGGGUAGAAUGUGUCUGCGGCAGGACAGCAUUAAUCGUUUGAAAUAAGUAAAGGAAAGCAGGUUCAUUCACGUUUAGACAGGACGUAGUGUUUUAUAUGAACUGGGUUAGCACCGACUGUAGAGUAAAUAUUCAUAUUAAGGGAAAUAAUCACAGAUUAAUAAAUGAAACUGCUGGAAAGGGGGAUUUAUUAGCAUACUGGUUUGGUUUAUUUCUCUAGCUGUAGGAUUAAUAGUAAACGGUAAAGUCUGUGUAUUAUUACUGUAGUGCGUCAAUACUUUAUAAAGACAGAAAGCCUGGUUUAGACAGUGCUCGUAGCUCUAACGGGACUUUAGGCAGGUUUAAGUGAGAUAAGCGCAUAUAACAGGGGCGUCGUGGGCCGGUUUUGAAGGCGUUUUCUCUUUAACAGAUAGGAUAGGGUGGUGUAGAUGGCGCUGACGGGGCAGGAUUAUAUGGGCCGAUACGCUAGAUAUAAGAGCCUCCUGCCACAGACAGAUUUUAGCCCAGCUGUGGAUUUGUCAGAUCUGAUGAGGAUUAUUUCUAGUGCUGCUGCUCUCAUCUUUCUGCUUUCUUCUUCUUCUCACUUGUUCUCCAAGCGAGCGCUGGAUUUCUGCAGAUUAGCUUUAACAUAAACCAGCAGCUCAAAUAGUUUAAUUUUAACCGCAGGGUUUGGUAAAUAACAGCAUUUUAGUCAAGACUGGGGGAUUUAGAUAGUGUUUAUGGACACAAGUGUAGUUUAGAGUUGGACUUUGUAAUAGAUUUAUUGAUAUUAUUAAGCUCAUUGAUAAUGUUGUGGAAAUCCUGUGCUCGUUUGUAGAAAUUCAUUGGUCCUCAUUGAUGAAACAUUUGUAAAUAUCGGAGUAAGUUAGUGAUAGAUAAAGGGUGGAUAGAUAAUCGGGUUCGUUAAUAUAGAGGAAUAUUUAUCUUUCAUUAAUGAGGCCAAAUCUCAGCUCUUUCUUUCUUUUUCUGCUUUUUCUGCUUUCCCAGUUCCUCUAAACAUUUUGUUUUGGGAUUAGGGUGUUUGUUAGGG